CCAAUUAAGCUGUACCCUUCAUAUAUACUCAGAUUCCCCUCCCCCUUUCCUCCCGUUCCAUCCCACUUUCCGCCUCACCUCGAGCGAAGCAACAGCUGUGCACAAGAAGGGUCAGGGAGGAGAUCCUCCAUCCCUCCAACCCAUGGCCGACGAGUGGUGGAGCAGCACCUCUCACAGGAGCCAUGGCACAUCGGCGUGCUCGGCCGCGCCGCUCGCGGUCGCGGACCGGGUGGCCUGUGGCUGGGCUACCUCCCCGACCGCAGCCGCCGAGUCGACGAGCUCCAUAACCUUCCAGGACCCCUACAGGAGCUCCACGCAUCAGCCUCUGUCUGAUGCCGCCUCGUCGCUGGGUGAUCCACACGUGGACUGGACGCAAGCCUUCUUGAGCGGGAGGAGCGAUAACAGCUUCCAAGCCGUGCUGCAAGACGACACGGUUCGAGCUCAGCCGGCGAACGAUGAAGCCUCAGCGAUGAACAAUCCGUUAAUCAGGGACAUGAGCGGCGGCUUCUUGGUCGACCAAGCGCAGCUAGCGCCGUCGCCCUACGGCACGGCGCCACCGCAGCAAGCUCUGUUCGACGGCACGGCGGGCCACAACAUCUCGAUGUACGGAGACAGCCAGUCCUUGGUCAGCUACGACGCCACGGCGGCGUCUAUGCAGUUCUCCCAGCUGCUCAAGCCCUCGGCGCCGGCGUCCGGGCCGAUGCAAGGCGCCGCCGCCGCCGCGAUGCAGUACUUGUCCGGCAGCUACUUGCCCUUCGGUGGCCCGCUGCAGUCGCAGCUUCUCUUGCAGGCCUUGCAGACGAAGCCCAGCAGCCGCAGCUCCAACGCUAACCCUCUGACGGUGAACGACGCCUGCUCGCCGGCGGCGAGGAAAAGCGCCCCCGAGUCUCCUGCCGCGGCGAAAAGGCCGCGGAUCGAGGCGCCAUCGCCGCUGCCGACUUUUAAGGUGAGGAAAGAGAAGCUAGGGGACAGAAUCACUGCGCUCCAGCAACUAGUAUCGCCUUUUGGAAAGACUGAUACCGCAUCGGUUCUUCACGAGGCCAUCGAAUACAUCAAAUUCCUUCACGAUCAAGUUUCUUCACUGAGCUCUCCCUACUUGAAAAAUGUGAUCCCCUUGCAACACCUCCAGCAGAAGGGCUCCGAGGAAGCCAAGGCCAGCGGUGACACCAAGCAGGACCUGCGCAGCCGGGGCCUGUGCCUUGUCCCGGUGGCGAGCACGUACACGGUGGCGGGCGAGACGGUGCCGGAGUUCUGGCACCCUACAUUUGGAGGCACAUUCCGGUAGAGAUACAGCUAGUGUAGCUUGGGUGCAUCGGGUACACGUACGUGCUAACAUCAACGUGUACUUGUCCGGCCGUGAACUACAAACAGACGCACAGAGUGUUGAAGCUAAAGGAAAGCAAAGCCAUGUGUUUUUUUAUCAAACUAAGUUUUAAUUUGUACAAAUGGUGAUAAACUAAUUCUUUGCAGCAACCUGCUAGCUAGCCUGAUACGAAAAGCAAGGGCUUAUAAUAUCGCCCAAGCAAUCGAAGGAUGUUUUGAAAGGGAAAAAAGGGAUGUGAUAAUAGGUACUGGCUGGUGCGUGGUGGUCUAAGACAGGCUAACGUAAGUGUGUAUAACAUGCUGGAUCAGGUGCAAAAGAGAAUAAUGAUGAGUGAGGCAGA